AUGAUAAUGUCACUCAAAGCCAGGAAACGAGAAGUUGGAACACAGAUCGCUCUUCUAGAUAUGAAUCGUACCCACCUCACCAACGAAGGCUCCGGCCACGAUAAUGCCGGCCACAUGAGCGAAGACGAAUAUUACGACACUGACGAUUCAGUCGUCGACAAAGCGAGCAAACGAACGUUGGAGAAUCUCAACCAACAUCAAAAUUAUCCCUUUACAGAACCCAAUCUAAUGGAACUCUCCCCACUAUUGAAAAUAAGACACCCACUAAUGAAACUUCCUCAAUUCGACGGUGAAAACAAAUCAUGGGAAGAGUUUUGGGUUACUUAUUCACUCAUAGUUGACCAAAAUACGCAACUCGGAGAACUAGAAAAGAUCCUCUACCUCAAAGAUGCAAUACGUGGCAAAGCAUCCAACGCAAUAAAAAGCAUCCUAAUGAAAACAUCCAACUACAAAUUAAUUGUCGAGAUAUUGAAGAGGAAGUUUGGUAAUAAAGGCAAUAAUAGAUCGCUAAAAGUGCAAAAACUGCUGCACCUGCCUAAAGAAGGCGCUACAGCAGAAAAGUGUGCAGAAACACUCAAUAAGAUAAACGACCUCGUACACCAAAUGAUUGCUACAGGAUAUGUCGUAUUGAGAAAACGUGAUCCUAUCUAA